UCCACCAAACACCUCUCGUCCAUCUCUCCUCACUCCUUCACUCAGCGAGCGGGCAUGCCGGAGCUCACCGACACCCUGUCAACGCCAAGCCACUAUAAACUGAACGGAUCCUAAUUGUUCACAACCGCAUCUGCCAACUUAUUCUCCUUAUUUUCUUCUUGACCAUAUUCAAUUGACAGCAAAUUGACAGAAAGACAAGUGCCAGCAAGUGCGAAACAAGUCAGGUCUUUUUUUAUUUUUAUUUUUUAUUUAUUUUUCCUUCUCUGAUAUUUGUUUUGUAUCUCCUGUGAGUGGCAUGGAACGGAGGUCCGGAUGAGAUACAGUCUCUUACAUUGAUGAACCAACUAAUGGAUGUCACAUCGCAUCGCUGGUCUCCUAUCUCUGCAUUCUGGAGACCAAACAGAGUACACCCGUGACCCUCCUCGCAACAUGAACUCAAGCUGGGGUGUACGUAGAACAAAAGAGUAACCAUUCAGCUGUCUGUCUGCUGGUCGACCCCUGACUUUUGGGGGAAGCAAAAAAAAAAAAAAAAAAAAAAAAAAAAAAAAAAAAAAAAAACAGGCAAAGAGAAAAAAUUACCAAGAUGCUUAAACGAGGAGAGGAUAUGCAGCGAGAUCUAUGGACUUCUCUCCUGCUAGUAUGGAUUACUUGUGUGCCGUACUCUUCAAUGGCUUCAUUAAACAAUCAGUCACAAAGUUUACAAACGGUAUCAGCCAUGAUCCCACGAAACCGGCCAAGCGAAGGACAAAGAAUCCUCAGUCGUGCCAAGAGAGGAUGGGUUUGGAAUCAAAUGUUUGUGUUGGAGGAGUUCUCUGGACCCGAUCCAAUUCUGGUUGGCAGGCUCCAUACGGAUUUGGACAUGGGGAAUAAGAACAUCAAGUAUGUACUGGCAGGGGAAGGGGCGGGCACCAUCUUCGCAAUCAAUGAAAGGACGGGGGACAUUCACGCCAUGAAAAGGCUAGACAGGGAGGAGAAGGCUGAGUACACGCUCACGGCGCAGGUCAUCGACAGAGACUCCAACCAACCUCUGGAACCACCAUCAGAGUUCAUCAUCAAAGUGCAAGACAUCAAUGACAACCCCCCACAGUUCAUUGAGGGGCCUUACAAAGGUUCAGUGCCAGAGAUGUCCCAAGUGGGUACAUCAGUAACAAGAGUAACUGCAACUGACGCAGACGAUCCGGUGUAUGGAAACAGUGCCAGACUGGUCUACAGCAUUCUGGAAGGCCAACCUUAUUUCUCCAUCGACCAAACCACUGCAAUCAUUAGGGUGGCUCUGGCAGGGAUGGAUCGUGAAAUGAGAGAAGAGUAUCUUGUUGUCAUUCAAGCAAAAGACAUGGGAGGUCACAUGGGCGGCUUGUCAGGAACCACCACUGUGACAGUCACUCUUACAGAUAUCAACGAUAACCCACCAAAGUUCACAAAGGGCUCUUUUGAGUUCACUAUUCCUGAGGAUCUUGGCAUUGGGAAGCCUGGAGGAAGAGUAAAAGCGAAUGACAGAGACAUCGGGGAAAAUGCUAAAUCAGCUUACAGCAUCAUAGGUGGAGACGAGAGGGAUGUCUUUGAGAUUGUCACUGAUGCUCAGACUCAGGAGGGAAUCCUCAGACUCAAGAAGCCUCUGGACUUUGAGUCAAAAAAAUCCUACAACCUAACAGUGGUUGCGACCAACAUACGUGCCGAUUCGAUUACGGGUGGGCCCUACAUGGACCAAACCAUGGUCAAAAUCAUCAUUGAGGAUGCAGAUGAACCCCCUGUCUUCACACAGUCUACUUAUCUCUUCAACGUGCAUGAAAACGCUGCAAUCAACACAAUAAUAGGAGCGGUAGCGGCAAGAGACCAGGACGCCACACACAGCCAAGUCAGGUAUUUUAUUGAUAGGCACACAGAUUUAGAGAGGCAGUUUAACAUUAAUGUUGAUGACGGGAAGAUCACAUUAGCUAAACCUCUGGAUAGAGAGACGGAUAUGUGGCACAAUAUCACCGUGACAGCCACUGAAGUUCGAAACCACAGCCAGAUUUCAAGAGCCACAGUGGCAAUCAAAGUGUUGGACAUAAAUGACAACGCCCCUGAGUUCGCCACUGAGUACGAAGCCUUCCUUUGUGAAAACGGCAAACCUGGACAGGUGAUUCAAACCAUCAGCGCUGUGGACAAAGACAAUCCUUCCCAGGGACACACCUUCCACUACCGCCUGGAGAUACUCAACAAUCCCAAUUUCACCAUCAAAAACAAUUUAGAUAACUCAAUCAGCGUUCUUGCCAAGCACGAUUCCUUUCGGCGACAGAAACAGGAUACGUACCUCCUUCCCAUCGUCGUGACUGACGACGGCGAGCCUCCAAUGAGCAGCACGAACACUUUAACUAUCCGGGUGUGCGGCUGCAGCAGGGAAGGCACCGUGCAGUCAUGCAAUGUCGAAGCUUUUGUUCUUCCCAUUGGUCUUAGCAUGGGAGCUCUGAUUGCUAUUCUAGCUUGUAUAAUUCUACUUCUCGUUAUUGUGGUCUUGUUUGUGACAUUGAGGAGACACAAGAAUGAGCCUUUAAUCAUAAAAGAUGAUGAGGAUGUGAGGGAGAACAUCAUCCGUUACGAUGACGAGGGAGGUGGGGAGGAGGAUACGGAGGCCUUCGACAUUGCCACCCUGCAGAACCCAGAUGGCAUCAACGGCUACCUGCCCAGGAAGGACAUUAAGCCUGACCUGCAGUUCAUGCCCAGACAGGGUCAGCACUCAGGUCCAAAUGGAGUAGAUGUGGAUGAAUUCAUCAAUGUACGGCUUCACGAGGCAGACAACGAUCCCACUGCUCCACCAUACGACUCCAUCCAAAUCUACGGCUAUGAGGGCAGGGGCUCCAUCGCAGGCUCCCUGAGUUCCCUUGAAACAGCCUCCUCGGACUCAGACCAGAACUAUGACUACCUUCGAGAAUGGGGGCCACGCUUCAGAAGACUGGGUGAGCUCUAUUCUGUCUGUGAGAGCGACAAAGAAACUUGACCUCAAAGCGCUACGGACCUUUUGCUUUUGUUCACAUAACUUGUGUAUUAUGUUACGGGGAUGCUAGACACUGCUUUUAAAAGGGGUGGGAGUGGAAGUUUUCCUUUUUUAAACUUAAGAGAGACCUACUAGCAUUAGUCAUCUACCACAACAGAAAUAACCAGUGUCUAUAGUAGGAGGUCAAUGAUUCUUGUCGAGUGUGAGUUUAGAUUACUGUCAUUGAGUGUCUAGCAGUAUUUUGGGUAUUUGUUGUUUACUGUGAACAUCAGAAGCAUCAGAACCGUGAUUCUUGGUAGACGCUUGAAAAGACUGGAUGGAAAUAGGACUUUUGGACACCUUAUAGCCCGCUGUGGCAGGAGAAAAAGGACUGGACUGCAAGAGGCCUCAAAAUGACACUGCUCCCGAGCAACAACAUCUCUUGCCGUCAUUCAGAUGAAGGAACAUUAAAAAAGAUGGUAAACUAAAUAGCAAUAUAUUGUCUACAUUACUUAUGAAUGUAUGUGUGGUUUAACGCGAGCGCAAUGAAAAUACAUCACACUGGCUUUAGGAUCUGCCUGCUGAGAUAACAUUUGACCCUUUGAUACUAUGUGGCCAGAUUUCUUGAGUAAACUGGAAAAGCCUAUAGGCUUGCUUUAUACAACCCUUUGUAUCCAUAUGCUUUAAGUGUGGUUCACACUCUGAGAUGAUAAGACUGUGCAAGACAACAAGAGAAUUGUGGAAACAAUGAGGCCUUCGUUUUACAAAAGCAAGCAUUAAGUCAUAUGUCCAAUGUUUUUUUUUUUAGGAAAAUUUAUGGUGUUUCUUCAUUAUUGUGUAUGUUUUAUAUAAAUAUAUAAAUAUUAAUCGCCAGUCGUCUGUUUUGUGCUGCAGGUUUGAGUAUAUUUAUACUUUUUAUUUAUAUAUUUAUUUCAGCCAAAUUUUUAUUUUUAUUAACUUUUUAAUAUAACAUGUCAAGCUUUUCCUCUUAAGCUUUUUUCACUUUUCUGCAUCAGUUUUUUUUUUUUUUUUUUUUAAGGCUGAACUGAAUAUCUGUAUUGAAAUUCACAUAGUGAGAUUUGUUAACUACACUGUACUGUGAAAUCCACAGAGAAUUUGAUACUGACCCAGAAUGAUUAAUCAAUAGUACUUUGACACUGUGUGUGUGUGUGUGUGUGUGUGUGUGUGUGUGUGUGUGUGUGCGUGUGUGUGUGUG